AUGAACCUUCCGUCGGAGUCGGAGUUCGCACGUCGUUGUCCACAGUCACAACCGAAGGACAGUGGGACAGACCCAAGCCGCGACAUUAAGCGAAAGGUAAACAUCAUGCUGCUGCCAAGAUCGUUACGUUCGGUGCUGCUGACGUGCCUGCUGCUAGCAUCGGCCUCCCCGAGCAUAGACGGUGCCAAGCGACGGUCCCGGCUGGACCUGCCCAUCUCCAAGCCGGCCGACGCACCGCUCGAGGACAACCUGGCGACCGCGUCCGGCUCCGAGCCGGCAUUCGAGCGUGUCGAAGCACCGGCCGCCGCCGCCGUCGCAGGGCCCGUGCCAGCCCCUGCCCCGGCCGCCGCCGCACCAGCAUCCGGCCCCGGCACUUCCGGCGAAACCGAGUCCGGAUCGGCCAACGCGAGCGGAAGCGGAAGCUCCGAGAACAGCAGCCAGAUGAUCGACGAGUACUCGGACGAGGAGUGCGAUCCGGACUUUAUCGCCUUCGAGCUGGUGACCGGAUACGUGUUUUCCGCGCCGAACAAGCUGCUCGACUCGAUGCCGGGCACGCUGAUGCUGACCGACUGUCUCGAGGCCUGUCAGAACAACGACUCCUGCGCGUCCGUCAACUACGAGACCGGGCUCUGCGUGCUGUUCUCGUCCAACUCGGACAAAUUGCCAGGUGCCCUCACCAAGUCCCAGUUCCCGGUGUUCACGAUCUACGCCCAGAAGUCCUGCCUGAAGCUGCGCCCGUGCGAGCGCGCCUGGUGCGUCGACCGGGUGCAGGGCUACAAGCUGAACGGACACGUCAAGCGCACCGCCCAGGUCGUGUCGCGCCGCGACUGCAUCGAGAUGUGCCUCGGCGAGAACGAAUUCACCUGCCGGUCGGCCAACUUUUACCAGACCACGAUGACGUGCGAACUGUCGGACAUGGACCGCAUCACGCUGGCCGGCUCGUCGGCGUUCCAAGCGGGCGACGGGGCCGACUAUCUGGAGAACAACUGCGCCGAGGAGCCGACGAAGCUGUGCGAGUUCAAGCGCCUGUCCGGGCGCAUCCUGAAAACGGUGGACUCCGUGUACCAGGACGUGGCGAGCGUGGACGAGUGCCGCGAGCUGUGCCUGAGCUCUCCCUACCGGUGCCACUCGUACGACUACGGCGACACCGGGGACAUGGUGUGCCGCCUGUCGCACCACAGCCGCGCCACACUGUCGGACAUCCAGGACCCGUACCUGGACGUACCGGAAGCGGCCACGUACGAGCUGUCGUCGUGCUACAACGUAUCGAUCGAGUGCCGCGCCGGAGACAUGAUCGCCAAGAUUCGCACCUCCAAGCUGUUCGACGGCAAGGUGUACGCGAAGGGUGCCCCCAACUCGUGCUCGGUCGACGUGAAGAACUCGCUCGAGUUCGAGCUGCGCAUGGGCUACCAGGACAUCGACUGCAACGUGCGCCAGAACGGGCUCGGCCGCUACCUGAACGACGUGGUCAUCCAGCACCACGACACGAUCGUGACGUCCUCGGAUCUGGGGCUGGCCGUCACCUGCCAGUACGAUCUCACCAACAAGACCGUCUCGAACGACGUGGACCUGGACGUGACCGGCGACAUCGAGCCGGCGCUCUCGGAGGAGGUGGUCGUCGACUCGCCGAACGUGGUCAUGAAGAUUACGACGCGCGACGGCAGCGAGAUGAUGCGCACGGCCGAGGUGGGCGACCCCCUGGCACUGCGCUUCGAGAUCCUGGACCCGCAGUCCCCGUACGAGAUCUUCGUCCGCGAACUGGUCGCCAUGGACGGGGUCGACAGCAGCGAGAUCACGCUGAUCGAUGCCCGCGGCUGCCCGACGGAUCACUUCAUCAUGGGCCCGAUCUACAAGAGUGCCUCGUCCGGCAAGAUCCUGCUGUCGCACUUUGACGCGUUCAAGUUCCCGUCCUCCGAGAUGGUGCAGUUCCGUGCCCUGGUGACACCGUGCAUGCCGACCUGCGAGCCGGUACAGUGCGACCAGGACGACUUCGUCGGUGAGCUGCGCUCGAUGGUGUCGUACGGACGCAAGCGGCGCUCGGUCAACGCGACCGCCGUCGUGGACGCGGCCAUGCGCCGCCAUCGCCGCGAAACGACCCGCCAGGCCCCGCAGGACGAUAUGCUGCUGGUGCAGUCGAUCCAGAUCACGGACAAGUUCGGCUUCGAGAAGCAGCAGGGCGCCAAACCGAAGGUCAGCAGCAGCGAAACCGUGUUCGUGGCCAACGACGGCCAAGGUUUCUGCGUGAACGGAUUGGGUCUAAUCGUCGCCGGUGCAAUCUUCCUGCUCGGCCAGCUGGCCGUCAUUGCCAUCUGGACCUAUCUGUGGCAGCGCCGCCGGAAGCAGCGUCAGUUCGAGAACGCCUCGAUGGGCUCGUCGGUGGUGCCCACGCCCACGCUGACCGGAAGUCGAGCGGACUCGAUGUGCAAACUGUACGACAGUGGUUACACCGGGCGACACUUUUAA